AUGGCAUCAAGAGUCUUAACACAUUUCAGCCACAAGGAAGCAUCAAUAGUUCGUUGGAGAUACUCCAAUGCUAGUGUUUUCUGUGAGAUUUGUGGAGAAAACACCUCUGAAGUGCUCUACCGCUGUAAAUGGUGUGACUUCUAUUUUCAUCUGUCCUGUGCUGAGUUACCCCAAAAGCUUGAGCACUUCUAUCAUCCUUGCCAUGUUCAAAAGAUGGUUGGAAUUCGUUGUACUGCUUGCCGGAAACAAUGCUCAGGUCAGACUUAUGUCUGUUGUAGCACCAGUUGCAGCUUUUCCGUCCACCAUUCUUGUUUUGAUUUGCCUCUGAAGAUAAGUACUCCGUUGCACGCAAACCGUUCUUUAACCCUCACUAUAUAUCCACUGCCAAGGGUCUGCAAUUUAACUCGGGACUUAGUUUACACUUGCGAUAAGUCCAGUUGCAGUUUCUGCUUCCAUGUUGGAAGUCCAGUGACAAUGUCCACCAUAAAAUACCAAGGUCACCAACACUACCUAUUGUUCAUGGAGAGUGUAGGAAAAGAGCUUUCCGGAUUCUAUAUGUGCGAUUUCUGUCUUCAUCUCCGCUGUGGCCCCCUUCCGUGUACCAUCAAGGACGAAAAUCACCUACAUCCUCUCACACUGACCGAUUCUCCUGUGACCAAUGCCAUUGAAUGUGAAGAUAAGGGAACAGAUGAUUUUUAUUGCGAUGUUGGGGAAUAG